AUUCUCAUUAGGUAAUUAACAUUCGAGAGGCUGUUAAGUGUAGUGAAGGAAAGAGCUAAGCUAUGAUUCUGCAUCUAAUUGUGCCUCUUGGCUUUAGGACGUUGGGCAAGUUUCCUAACACCGCCAAGGCGGUUUCUUUGCAGAAAAGGGGUAAAGUGUGUAAGUAGCUGACAGCAUGUGGUAUAGAAAGGGCCUUUCGUAAAUUAGCAACUUAUGCGGGCAUUGUUGGAAGCUAAGCUACCUAGAGCUACCUCAAACUAUUCUUUAAGGAACUUCGUAGUUUUAUACUCUUGAAACCCACAAGAAUAAUCUUACAGUUUAUUAAAGCCAGUAACUCAGAAAGGAUCAAAACAGUGUGGCUUUUAUCAGUUGAAGGGUAGUGAAUGGAAACUUUUCCCAUUUUCAGGACCCUUCGAUAUGUUCCAGAGGAAUCCAAAGACAAAGUUAUCCCAGAUGAAGAUGUCCUAGGAACAUUACUGAAAGUUUUCCAGGCUUUAUUCUUAAAUGAUCUCAAUAAACAAUCAGAUAUCUUGACUAUACUUCCAGAACCUGUUAAAUCAAAAUAUCAAGACCUGUUGGCGCUUCAGCAUCAAAGGGUGAAUCUGCUUGAAAACAGACAUCAGCAGCAAUGUGUUUUUAAGCCAGAAGAAAUUCUUUAUAAAACACUGGGUUUCAGUGUUGCCCGAGCAACUAGCUCAUUGAUUUCUGCUGGAAGAGGCGUUUUCAUUACUAAAGGAUUGGUACCAAAAGGCGCAGUUGUAUCUAUGUAUCCUGGUACAAUAUAUCAGAAGUAUGAGCCAAUAUUUUUCCAAUCCAUUGGAAACCCAUUUAUUUUUAGAUGCUUGGAUGGAGUACUUAUUGAUGGAAAUGACAAAGGAAUAUCAAAAGUUGUGUAUAGAUCUUGCAGUGGAAGAGAUCGGGUUGGCCCUUUAAAAAUGAGUGAUAGUACAUGGCUAACAUCAGAAAUUCAUAAUCCACUGGCUGUAGGACAGUAUGUCAACAAUUGUUCAAACGACAGAGCAGCUAAUGUCUGUUAUCAGGAAUUUGAAGUGCCUGCAGUUUUCCCUGUAGAACUGAAACAGUAUCUCCCAAACAUUGCCUACAGCUAUGCAAAACAAAGCCCACUUCGAUGUGUUGUUCUUGUUGCACUGAGGGACAUCAAGCAAGGAGAAGAGCUCUUUUCAAACUACUAUACAAUUGUCAGCUAACUUGGUGAAUUAGAAAUUAGGUUUUCUACUUAGCUACCACAAUGAGUUAACUCUAAAUGUUCUUUGUUAAUCAUUCUGAGUUCCAACUGCAGAGUAUUUUGAAACUUAACUAAGAAUUGUUGUAUUGAUUAUUAGUUAUGUUCCAAUUUCAUGGUAAAAGUGACUUCAUUAAAAUUUCAAAAUUUGUAAAGCAAUUAUAAUUUAGUUGGUUUUCACCUUCACAAUAGCUUAUUAAAACUACUUGCACUCUAAUUUCAAUUUAUUUUGUAUACUGUGAUAAUUUAACUUUUAGGCUAGCACCAGCAAUUCUUAUAAUGUUGACGUGU